GUCCGAUGAAUACGUUUGGAUUCUUGGUCUCGGAGGCGCCGGGCUUCGCCUUAAGAGGAUCUCAAAUAAAAGUCCUCACUGAGCCCGCAGCUUUUUACAACGAAUUGUUUCAAAGAUCUGCUCUGGCCCAGAAAAGGAUCACACUGUCCGCCCUAUACUUGGGAACAGGCGAAAAAGAACAUCGCUUGGUGGACAAGAUUCAUGAGCGCGUCUUACAACGAGAUGGAUUACGGGUUCGGGUACUUUUGGAUUACUUCCGGGGCAAUCGACUCUCUGGCCAAGGACAGAGCUCUUGUACCAUGCUGCAAAAGCUCGUCCAGGAUAGACAGGAAAUGUGCCAAAUUUCACUUUACCACACGCCAGUUCUCCGAGGGCUAAAGAAGCGCAUUGUUCCUCAAAAGUAUAACGAGAUGUACGGGCUCCAACACACCAAAGUAUACAUCUUUGACGAUUCUGUCAUAAUUAGCGGUGCAAAUCUCAGUCAAGAUUAUUUUACCAACCGCCAAGAUCGUUACGUGUUAAUAAAAGAUUGUCCCGAGCUAGCGGAUUAUCUGGACGAAGUGGUGGGGAAUAUCUCUGAAUUUUCAUUUCAAAUGAAUAGUCGGUGUGAAUUUGAGUUGCACAAAAAUUGGCAUAUCAAUCCAUCGGAAGGUGACUUCAACGAAUACGUGAGUGCAGUUCAGAACAAGGUGUCAAAGUUCCUAAGAAACGCCAAAGGAUCCUAUCAACUUUUACCGAGCUUCUAUGACAACGGCAGAGAAGAAGACAUCAAUACGUGGAUUUUUCCUUCCAUACAGAUGGGAAUUUUUGGCAUCGACCAAGAUCAAAGGAUCACGUCCAAGCUUUUGGAGACUGGUUCCAAGGACUCAAGCUUCAAAUUUGGCACCGGCUACUUCAACCCUACUCCUGAGUAUCUACAGACAAUAUUGGAGAAAACUUCCGCCAAAUACGAUGUUCUCAUGGCCCACCCAAAAGCAAAUGGGUUCUUUGGAGCCAGCUUUCCGGCGGGAGGGAUCCCAGACGCAUACACUUUGAUAACUCGCCAAUUCUACGAGAGGACCAAAGCUGGAAAAGACCAAAAUCGAGUGCUCUUGUACGAAUACCUUCGGGAUGGCUGGACAUUUCACGCCAAGGGGAUUUGGCACUAUCUUUCAGGUGACAGCUUACCCUCGUUGUCUAUGAUAGGGUCGCCAAAUUUUGGUUAUCGAUCUGUGGAAAAAGACCUUGAAGCCCAGGUGACUAUUGUUACCAAGGACGAAUCAUUGCGAACUCAACUGCACGAGGAACAAGAAAGGCUUUUUGAAACAUCCAGUAUAGUGACAGAUGAAACAUUUCUCUCUCCAGAACGUGCCAUUCCUUAUUGGGUGCGUCUGGUGGUUUGGUCUUCCAGAGACUUUUUCUAGACUCUUUUAAUUGUCAGAUUUGAGAUUUCUUGUGUUCAUGAUUUGGCUCCAAAUAUAAGAGAAGUAGACAAAA